AUGGGAUCAACAAGUGUCUUUGCUAAGACGAUCCUCAUCCCAGCCGCAAUCGCACUAUCAAUAUACAUCCUAGCCUCCUGCGUGAUAAUCCCCUUCUUCCGCCGCUACCACCAGCGCUACUCGCAAUACCUCCCGCUACACAGUAUAUCCGCACACACACUAUCCCUACGCGAUCGCAUAGCCGAUAAAGUGAUGCACUUCUUCCUUCCCUCUCGAUGGCGAUGGGGAGCACAUGUAGCUGACCAUGACACGGAGAGUAUUGGCGACGAGGAAGGGGAGGUCUUGGUUGGGAUGGAUAUGGAUUCUGUGAGGCGGGGUAUGCUGCAACAACAGAGACGUGAUAAUCGGGCUGAUACGCAGAGUCGGUUGAGUCGGGAUUUGGAAGAGGGGUUUAUGGAUGAUAGUGAUUCGGAGGGGAGUGAGAGGAGGGGACAUGGACGGGGAGGGAGACUUUGA